AUAUCAAGUAUGUAGCUAUGAAUCUUAAUUUCGGAUGACAUUCCGACCUCCAAAUAUUCCCAACUUGCAAUGACCAAAACUUUAUUUUCGGCCUUCCGGAUGCUCAUGUGCUAAAGAGAAAAUGAACCUCGGCCGCAUAGGCAUAUUCUCAAGCCUAAUGAAGUGGAAUUGUUUGCAGUCGCUAUCAAUAUUUAUGUCAAACCGCUUUUAGUGAGGCAAAUGCCUUCAAUCAUAUAGAAGAAGGGGAAUUCAGAUUGAUCAGCAAUGGCCUAUUACAGCUCCGGCUAUUACACAGAUGAUUACGGUGAGUACAACAAUAGUUACCCGUUAUCGUAUUACUAUAAUAAUCCUGGUACUGCUUUUGUUCAAGACUCAACGCCUUAUUCCAGCUACAACUCCGGUGAGUACCAAUCUUUUCCCGAUAAUCGAAUUCCGUUUUUUGCUGCUUAUGAUGAUUCAGUUUCAAGGAUUGGAUAUUCUGUAUCUACUUAUAGUGAGCCGAAGUAUAUACAGCAUGAACUGCCACCUCACUAUCAUGAACAGACUCGGUUCGUUAUCUCUUACUCUGUCUCCGAGUUUAACGAUGAUGAAUUUGACGAUUAUGAUUCAACACCCUAUGGUGGUGGCUAUGAUCUGACUCUUACCUAUGGCAAACCCCUUCCUCCUUCCGACAAAACUUGCUAUCCUAGAUCCUCUCCUUCAAAUGGCGUAUCUUCUGAAGUAAUUGCAGAACCUGUUGUAAAAGUAGUCGAUGAACCUUCAGCAGAAAAACCUCGAGUUGAAACCAAACCAACAGCAGAAAAACCUCGAGCUGAAACCAAACCAACAGCGGAAAAACCGCGAGCUGAAACCAAACCAACCACAACCGAAGAGGCAGAGCAGCUGCUUGACAAGCCAUUAGAUCUGUACCAUAGUCCUCAGUCUGGCUAUGACAACGGAUCAAUGGGCGAAAAUAAUUACGAGCAUGAAAAUCAAGUGGCUCAAAUUUCAUCAGGAUACGGAUUAGAAGCAAUGGAUCUUUGUGAAGGUUUAUUCGGGUACUGGCCGUGUCUGUCUAAAUAUCGAAAGAGAUGCGAUGAUCAUCGUCAAGAGACUGCAGCAGAUCGCGGAAAUCACAUUAACCAAUGGAAGACCACAGCCGAUUAUCUGUUCGGAACGCCGUACCCUUACGGCGAAACUAGAGAUGAUGAUCAUGGAAAUAGCUAUUAUGGUAAUGCUAUCUAUGGCUAUCAAAAGCAUUAUCAGCAGCCGCACCAAAUUCUUUAUCAUCAGGUUAAAGAUUCUUGGUCUGCAUAUUAACAUAAUGAAAAAAAUCUGAAUUGAGUACUUAUAUUUUAUUAUAUGAUUCAUCAUAAUGCAUACAUUUAUAGUUCCUUCUAUCUGGGAUAAUUUCACUAAACCAAUGAUUAUACAUCAUUCUAAUUUUCAAAUUCUGAUAGUGGAGAAUUUAAGGUUACUAUA